UCCCACCCACCAGCCGAGAUAUGUCAGCAGCAUCAAGGUGUCCUUGCUUGUACCCACGGACGUCAGAUACCGAGAAAACAGAUCUGACAAUGUAUGUAUAGAACAAACCCCAUGAAGGGGAUGUAGAUGAAAGAGCCAGUACUUGUCAGGACGAAGUGUAGAUCAGUGACACACAUCGCUUUCUGCCCGCGCAUCCCACACCACCAUCCCCGCCUCCCUUCGCACAAUGCACGUUUUCCUAACCGGCGGCACCGGCUUCAUCGGCCGCGCCCUCAUCCCCGAGCUCCUCUCCGCCGGCCACACCAUCACCGCGCUCUGCCGCUCCUCCACCUCCGCAGCACUCCUUACCUCCAUCGGCUGCACCCCGCACCCAGGUACCCUCUCCGACCUCCCCGCCCUCGCGGCCGGGGCUGCUUCGGCAGACGCCGUCAUCCACCUCGCCUUCAUCCACGACUUCUCCGACUUCGCCGCCAGCGCCGAGACAGACAGGCGCGCUAUUCGCGCGCUGGCGGAUGCGACAGCAGACACGGGGAAACCGCUGGUCGUCACGAGCGGGACGUUGCUCUUGGAGCCCGGGCGUGCAGGACACGAAGACGAUAGAUAUGACCCUUCGACAGCGCCGUUCGCUGCACGCGGCGAGAGCGAGGAGCUCGCGAAGCAACUCGGCGGGAUUGUGGUCAGGCUCGCGCCUGUCGUGCACGGUGAGGGCGAUGCGCAGUUCCUCCCGCGUCUCAUCGCGGCCGCGAGGGAGCACGGGGUGUCCAGCUUCAUUGGCGAGGGGCGGAAUCGCUGGCCCGCAGUGCACGUUAGAGACGCGGCGGUUGCGUAUCGGUUGGCCAUUGAGAAGCGGGUUCCGCCUCGGUCGACGCUGCAUGUGGUAGCGGAGGGGGGUGUCGAGGUCAGGGAUAUUGCAGGGGUGAUUGGGGAUAAGCUGGGUCUCCGGGCUGAGUCGAAGACGAUGAAGGAGGCCCAGGGGGUGUUUGGGUGGUUUGCUGGGGUUCUGGGGGUUGAUGGGCCGGUGGAAAGUGCGGUGACGAGAGAGCUGUUGGGGUGGGAACCCAAGGAGAAGGGGAUGCUUGAGGAUUUGAGGGGUGGAGCUUACUUCAAGUGACAGUAGGGGUAAUUGCGGUCGGAAGGCUCUGGCGUUUGAAUUUGGGUAUCAUUGUUGUAUG